CGGAGCGAAUUACCGUCGACCUCCGCCAGCUGGACGCUACCACGCGGACAAAAGCUGAACCUUGUAGUCGCGGCGGCGGUGCGAGGGCGGCUCGGGGUAUAUCUUCGCGUGGAGGAGCCGAGUGACGCAGUGUGUGACGAGCCACGAAGGGAGACACACGUCACGACAGCAGCUCCAGGAGUCCAAGACUCAACAGUCAUGCGCUGGUUCCUGGUGGCGAUGGUGGUGCUGGCGGUAGCCAGCGUGACGCUGGGCCGGCCAUCCAAAAACAUAAGCGACGUCACGGACACGCCCGAGAGCUCAGCGAUCAUCGGGGAGAGGCUGGUGUCCAAGUUCCUUGGACGAGGCGACAAGGAAUCUUCUCCAUCACCUGGCGAGCCUGACAACUCUCUGGCAAAGAAGGCGCCUACCACGCAGCCUCCAGCUACACAGCCUCCAGUUAGCCGGACGACAACUACUCAACCGCCACCUACCCAAGUACCUACUACACAGCCUCCAGCCACACAGCCUCCAACCACAAAGCCUCCAGCCACACAAGCACCUACUACACAGCCUCCAGCCACACAGCCUCCAACCACACAAGCUCCAACUACACAGCCUCCAGCCACACAGGCGCCAACCACACAGGCACCAACCACACAGGCACCAACCACACAAGAGCCAACCACACAGGCACCAACCACACAACCACCACCUGCUCCAGACUCUGAGUUAGGAAGCGAAGACAGUGACCCCGCGGCCAGCGGUAAUGGAGAACAGCAAGAUGCCACCCAAAACGAACCAGUAGAAGAAAACACACAACAAAAUGAGGUUUCCGAGCAAACCACGGGUGAGAAAGAAACUCCAGGGGAAAGAGAACCAAAGAGUAUAGCGGAAGAAGGGACGGAGCAGACCAUUAAGGAUGCAGCAGCGGGUGAAGAAGGGAGUAGUACUGAUAAGAAUACAACCGCUAUGAAAGACGAAAAGAAUACCGACGUAGCCAAUGAACCUAAAAACGCAACUGAAAACAACAAAGAGGUAACUGGUGAAAAAAAUGAGGCUGAAAACAAGGACAUGGCAGCAGUAGCCAACAAUGCCCCAGAAAACCCUGCUGACGAAGAUACCGAAAAAAGUGACAAGGAGGAAAAGGAUAUGGAAGGUGAAACAGAGGAUGACGACGACGACGAUGACGACGAUGAUGGCACUGACGAAGAUGGAGGUGAACUGGAAGACAAGAUGGAAGAGAAAACAAACACGGAGGGGGAAAUACAGAAAGAUGAAGGGAUGCAGGAAACAAAAACCAGUUCGUCACCAGAAGGAUCAGAAACCCAGGUGUCUGACGGAAGGCCACAGAGGGAUGCCGAUGACCACCCAAACGAUUCCAACGCAGACACGAAGGGGCGAGGGUUGGAAGUGGAAAAUAAGGCAGAUCAAGAUUCAAAAGCAGAACCGAAAUCGAAGCCAGAGACCGAAACACAAGCAGAACCAGAGCCAGAACCAGAGACAGAACCCGAACCCAAGACAGAACAAGAACCGGAGACUGAAUCCGAAACACAACCAGAGCCCAAGACAGAACCAGAACCGGAGACAGAACCGGAAUCCAAAACCGAACCAGAACCCGAAACAGAACUGGAAUCCAAAACCGAACCAGAACCAGAAGCAGAAGCAGAACCAGAACCAAAGCCUGAGGCAGAACCGGAAACAGAAACAAAACCAGAACCAAAACAAGAACCUGAAGCAGAGCCAGAACCCGAGGUAGAAUCUGAACCCAAAACAGAACCAGAACCUGAGACAGAACCAGAAUCUAGAACGGAAAAAAAGCCAAGGAUGGAACUGGAGCCAGAGACGGAACCUGAAUCGAAGGCAGAACCAGAGCCAGAGCCAGAGAUGGAGCCUGAAUCAGAGCCAAAACCUGAAGCAGAACCACAAGUUGCAACGGAGGCAGAGUCAACAACAGAGGCGACCACGGAACCCACCAGGAAACCAGAAAUGAAGGACGAGUCUACCGCCGACGAACAAAUGGAAGUGAGCGAGACCAUUACCCAAACCGAAACUAGGGUCCCCGCUGAGUCGCAGUCGGAUACGAAGCAAAAUGCAGAGGAGUCCAGCGCAGAAAAGAGAGAAGUGAAAGUGGAAUCCGAGACCAAGCAAGCCAGUGAAUCUACUGCUACCGAACCCAGUCCUGAAGUUACAUCCAGCAGUGGGAAAGAAUCUGUUCACUCACAUACAGAAAUGGGAACCGAAACCACCGUAGCAAACGAGCCAACAACUGAAACAACCCCCGAAACAACGAGCCAACCCACCACAGAGGAGAGUGUAAACGCCAACACCAAAACUGAGGAGGGACAAAAUUCAGGAACACCAACUGAAGAUGAAAUGAAUGCAAACGAAACUGAAGACCAAGUAGGAAGCGAAAGUGAGCAUCUGGAAACACGAGUUGCUCCAAGACCAGCAUUGGACGAGAGGUUAAAUACGAACGAGGAGGUAGGCAAAGGAAAUCAUGAUGACGCCAAUCUCCAAGCCAUUUUAGUGAUGGAGAGAGCCCACAACACAACUCAGGAAGAGGAGACAGCAAAGGAACCGCCAGUCACCGACACUCCACUUACCGACAUUCAAAGUGAUUAUAAGAAUGAAAUAUUCCUGAGAAGUGGUCUGGAGGAAGAAAAAGUUAACACAGAUGAGAAUGAGGAAGAUUCGACUUCCAAUUCCAAUAAAACUGAAGUAGAGGCUACCACGGAGGAGUAUCACUUUCAUGAUGAGACGGGAGAAAAGCCAUGCAACUGUAAAGAACAUCCUGAGUUGAAGGAUGCUCUCAGUAGAUUGGACGAACUCCAACGCAAACAAAAAGACUGGAUCGAAAUGUCUAAAGAUGGCAAGAAAACCACGGCCUCAAAACCUGAUCCACAAGAGGUUUCUGACAGUUUCGUGGUAGCGGGAGGGGGUGACGCCGAAGUGGUAGUAGUCAAAGGGGCGGUGGACGAAAGUCAAUCUGCCACUCAAGGCCAAUUGGUGAUGGCUGACUCCUCGUUGGACACGAAUACAGGAAAGACACAUAAUAAGGAGGAGACAAAGAAGAAAGCCGAACACACAGAAUCAGAUAAAUCUUCGGAGGAGUCUGCAGAAAGCAUGGAACAAGAGGGAGAUGAGAAAGAAGCAACAGACCACCCAUCCAUCAUUACAGAUUCCAUAAACACGACAACAGAAGAAGAUUCACCCUCAACAGAGGAACAAACGACAAGCCCACAUACACAAACUACUAGCCACUCUACGGCAACAACUGCAAAAGAAACAGUCUCAAAAAACGAAACACUUCUGGAAACUGAAACUAAAAAAGCAGUGACAAAAACUGAAAAUGAAAACAGGGAUGAGACUUCUGACAAACAACUAGAUCAGACCCAAAUACAACAUGAGUCUGAGGUGAGGCAGGUCCCUGUCGUCCAAGGCCAAGAGCAACUCGACAUGGAAGAUACUAUAGCAACAACAGGAGAGAAACCCGACAUUAAAAUAGAAACAAAUUCAGAAAUGACACAAGACCAAAGUGCUAUGUCAGAAUCAUUGCCAAAGUCUUCUAAAGACAAGAUAACAAAAGCAGAUAAAGGAGUCUUGUACAGACCGAUAAUGAACGGUAAGUCAGAACCCAAACAAGAAAGUGAAGCGAAUUCUCAGUCUGAACCAGAUCCGGAGCCAGAGGCAGUGACACAAGCAGGAAGUGAACAGAACACAGAAGUAAACAAAGAUGUGCAGGAAGUCGCCCCAGAGGAUUCCAAAAGUUCACUUCAAGAUACUGUUACCGAGGAAGAAGUAACGUCGGAACCUCUCGAGGAACAGGCAGCUGCUGAAGUAUUAACAUUGAGAGAUCUCGUCAUGACCACCAUGUCUCAUGGCCUUGCCGAAGCACCAGCUACACCCAAGCCCACGACAGAAACAAGGGAGGCUCCAACGGAAGGAGGAACGAAGAUGUCUGCUACUAAAGGAACGGUGACGGAAGGAAAGACACAAACAAUCAUGAAAACUAAUACGGUAAAACUGAACGUCCAUGACCCUGAGGAGGAAACGAGGAAGGACGCCAGUGGCGCAGCGACUCGCUGACGCCAAUGACGUGUUAUCAGACGCCAAGACUAUUCUUCGAACUAUUUUAAGUGAGAGGAAGAAAGUUGUUCUUUUGGAGUAUAUAUUUGCGAGGUAGGUAUUUAGCUCAAUUUCUGUAGCUAUAUUCAGUUAUCAAUGGAGUAAGAUGUAUGUGGUAACAGUGCAUGUAUUGCGGAGUAAUUCAUAACUUUAUUUAGCUCAGUUACCAGGGCUGCUCCUUCCCCAUUGACGUCGACACCCCAGCCCCAACCCCCACCAAACAUUCCUUAAACCCAACACACGGCGAAAACGGAACAACUAAUCCCCACAUCCACCACUACCAUACCACUACUAAGCAUGCCAGUAUCCUGAAGAUAAUGAGUACAUGCCUGCAUCGACACACACACACACACACACACACACACUAGUGGUAAAUUAAGGCACAAAACCAGGAUGUAGAGACAACAACGUCAUAACAACAAAACAGGUUUCUUUCUCUGUAUUUUCUAUGUACAUAUUCCUUUGCCGCCGUAACGAACGAAACCACCACCCCUACAACUACCACUACCACUACCACCACCACCACCACCACCACAUCUGAAACGAAGCCCUGCAAAGUAGUAGUUGUAAGAUCCUAUUUAUGUAUACAGUUUUAUAAUAAAAUGCUAUAUUAUCGAAUAA